AUGUUGUUGAAUGACUGUAACCUCUCAGAGAGAAGCUGUGCAGCUCUGUCCUCAGUUCUCAGCUCCCAGUCCUCUAGUCUGAGAGAUCUGGACCUGAGUAACAACAACCUGCAGGAUUCAGGAGUGAAGCAGCUUUCUCCUGGACUGGAGAGUCCACACUGUGGACUGGAAACUCUCAGUCUGUCAGGAUGUCUGAUCACAGAGGAAGGCUGUGCUUCUCUGGCCUCAGCUCUGAGCCGCAACCCCUCCCAUCUGAGAGAGCUGGACCUGAGCUACAAUCAUCCAGGAGACUCAGGAGAGACGCUUCUGUCUGCUGGACUGGAGGAUCCACAAUGGAGACCAAACACAAUGCACAGAAAACUCAAACUGUCUGAUAACAACAGGAAGGUGACACAUGUGAUGAAGGAUCAGUCAUAUCCUGAUCAUCCAGACAGAUUUGAUGUCUGGCCUCAGCUGCUGUGUAGAAAUGAUCUGACUGGUCGCUGUUACUGGGAGGUCGAGUGGAGAGGAAGAGUUGAUAUGUCAGUGAGUUACAGAAGAAUCAGCAGGAAAGGAGUCGGUGAUGACUGUUGGUUUGGAAAGAAUGAUCAGUCCUGGAGUCUGAGGUGCUCUGAUGAUGGUUGUUACUCUGUCUGUCACAAUAAGAGAGAAACAUCCAUCUCCUCCUCCUUCUCCUCCUCCUCCUCCUCCUCCUCCUCCUCCUCUGUCUCUAACAGAGUAGCAGUGUAUGUGGACUGUCCUGCUGGCACUCUGUCCUUCUACAGAGUCUCCUCUGACACACUGAUCCACCUCCACACCUUCAACACCACAUUCACUGAACCUCUGUAUGCUGGGUUUACAGUCUGGUCUGGUUCCUCAGUGUCUCUGUCCCUGGUAGAUGACUGGCUGAUGAUCCAUAUCACCACGCAUCAGAAGUCCUAG